AUGUCGGUCUCGAUCGACGCGUCGUCGUCGACCUACCACAGAGAACGAGGGAACGCUUCGUUUCGACGCGGCGCCUACGACGAGGCGGUGGAGGCGUACGCGCGAGCGAUCGAAUCGCGCGCAGACGAUUGCGCAUCGCUGACGAACGCGAGCGCGGCGUAUAUGGAGCUCGGGAGGUACGAUCUCGCGGAGGCGGCGGCGCGACGCGCGCUGGAGGCAAACGCGGCGUGGAGGAAAGGGUACGCGCGACUCGCGCGAGCUCUCGAACGACAAGGACGCGCGAGAGACGCGUGCGAUGUGUAUAGACGAGGAAUCGAGGUAUGCGGGGAGAGUGCGCAGAUGCAGGAGCGGCUAGACGCGCUCGAGGAGAGCGCCGCGAUGGAAGACGCGUCGCCAGAGGCGCUGAAGGAACGCGGGAACGCAUUCUUGAGAGACGGUGAUCUCUCCGCGGCUGAGGAGGCGUACACGUUGGCGAUUGAUAAAAGUACGGCGAGCGGGGCGACACUCGUGGCGUUGUACAACAAUCGCGCAGAAACGAGACGACGCGCGCGAGAGCACGAAGCCGCCGUCGAAGACUGCACCAAGGCGCUCGAGCUAGAUCCGAUCAACCUCAAGGCCAUCUUGCGUCGAGGCGGGACGUACGAAGUGCUGGAGAAAUACAAGCGCGCGUGCGACGAUUACGAGCGCGCGCUCGCGAUCGAUCCGAGAGAUCCGUUUCGCGUCCGCGAGCGACUCAGGCGCUGUCAGGCGUUGGCUCGAGAGCAAUUCUAA